AGGGGUCCCCGCCCGGGGACUGGGGCAUCCCGGUGCAGCCGAGAGGCGUGCAGCCCGCGGGGGGCGCCAUCUGCGCCGCAGCGCCCGCCCGCUCAACUGCGUGGGCGGGAGGGCGUUGGGGCUCCGGGGCGCCCCGAAGGCAGGGUGCCCCGACUUCUCCGGGGGAGCCCCAAUCCCGUGGAGCGUCCAGAGCGAGCGCGCUCCAGCCGCACCGGACCUUGCGCUCACCCCCCGCGUACCCCACUUCUGCACAAACUUUUCUGACGCCCUCGCCCGUGGGGGUCGCGGAGAGCGCUGAGCUGUCCGCAGGGCUCCCGCCCCGCCGGACCCUGGCCACGCUGACCUCCUGCCUCUCGUAGCCUCAGUGGCGACCUCUCCAGGCCGGGGCCGGGCACGGCACCCGAGGCGAGCGCGGCAAUCACCGCGGCUCUCCGAAGGCUCCCGCGCCCCCCGGGGCAGCUGGGCGGGGUAAUGCCCUCGGUGAUGGAGAAGCCGAGCGCGGGCUCCGGGAUCCUGUCCCGCAGCCGGGCCAAGACGGCGCCCAACGGCGGACAGCCCCACUCGGAGGAUGACAGCAGUGAGGAGGAGCACUCGCACGACAGCAUGAUCCGCGUUGGAACCAAUUACCAGGCCGUCAUUCCGGAGUGCAAGCCUGAGAGCCCUGCCCGCUACAGUAACAAGGAGCUGAAGGGGAUGCUGGUGUGGUCGCCCAACCACUGUGUGUCAGAUGCCAAGCUUGACAAGUACAUUGCGAUGGCCAAGGAGAAGCAUGGUUACAACAUUGAGCAGGCACUGGGCAUGCUCUUGUGGCACAAGCACGACGUGGAGAAGUCCCUGGCCGACUUGGCCAACUUCACCCCGUUCCCUGAUGAGUGGACCGUGGAGGACAAGGUGCUGUUCGAACAGGCUUUUGGCUUCCAUGGCAAAUGCUUCCAGCGGAUCCAGCAGAUGCUGCCUGAUAAGCUGAUUCCCAGCCUGGUAAAGUAUUACUACUCAUGGAAGAAGACCCGCAGCCGAACCAGCGUGAUGGACAGACAGGCUCGGCGGCUGGGGGGCCGAAAGGACAAAGAAGACAGCGAUGAGCUUGAAGAGGGCCGGGGAGCUGUGAGUGAGGGAGAGCCGGAUGCUGGAGACCCCAAGAGAGAGCCUCUGCCCUCUCGGCCCCUGAAUACCCGGCCAGGCCCCGGGAAGAAGGAGGCCCAGGGGUCUCAGUACCGCCACCACCCACUGCGAACCCGGCGUCGCCCACCCAAGGGCAUGUACCUGAGCCCUGAGGGCCUCACGGCUGUGUCAGGAAGCCCAGAUCUUGCCAACCUCACGCUUCGAGGCCUUGACUCUCAGCUCAUCUCCCUCAAGCGCCAGGUGCAAAGCAUGAAGCAGACCAAUAGCAGCCUCCGCCAAGCGCUAGAGGGGGGCAUCGAUCCACUGCGUCCCCCUGAGGCCAACACCAAGUUCAACUCCCGCUGGACCACGGAUGAGCAGCUUUUGGCUGUACAAGGUGCAGAUCACCUCCGUCUCGACAUCUGUGCCCCGAUCGCUACCCCCUGUGCCACCGCCGCCUCCGCCUCCCACGUCGCUGUCCCAGCCACCCCCGCUGCUGAGGCCACCUCUGCCCACGGCGCCCACCCUGCUCCGCCAGCCGCCCCCGCUCCAGCAGGGCCGCUUCCUCCAGCCCCGGCUGGCCCCCAACCAGCCCCCACCACCUCUCAUCCGCCCUGCUCUGGCUGCCUCCCGCCACGGUGCCCGCCCUGGCCCUCAGCCCCCACCCACCCUGAUUGGAGCCCCUCUGGAGCCUCCAGCACCCUCACUCUGAGCCCUGAGGCCCUCCACCAACCGGAGGCUCCAGAACCGCAUUGCUGGCCGUCCUUGGAUAUCUCUGGCUUCACUGAGGACAGAAGGGACUAGAGCUCUUGGCCAGGUGUUUCAAAAAGCCGGAGCUGCCAGUGGGCACAGUCUGGACCUAUGGGCUCUGCACGUUUCUGGCAGCUGAGUCUCUCGGCCCCCACCCCAGCCAGGGGCUGGGGCUCAGGGGCCUUCUGAGCUGACCUGAGGGUCCUUUCUCUUCCUGGCUGGGGCUGGAAUGGCUGCCUCCUAGUCUGCUGGGGCUUGGCCUUUGGGUCUGGCCCUUUGUGUAGAGGGGGUAGUGACCUUAGCUUGGGGGAUGGGGGAGAGGACAGCCUUGGCUGUUCUUUCUCUUUCCUUUCUUUUAGCAAUAAGUUGGGGUGUGGUGGGGAGGGGGCUGGAGGGGGGAGGUGGGCAGAGAGGUUCCUUCGGGGCCUGAGUGUGGCAGAACUGGAUGGGCAGCUCUCCGGUCUUCUGGAGCCUGCUGUGAAGGGCUGAGGAGCUCUGGGGGUGCCCACUGUACCCACAGCCCGAAAGCUUAGAGAAAGGAGGGCUGGGAACAUAUGCAGACAUGGGUUUAUUUUUCAAUGUUUUUAAAAAAUAAAUAAA